AUGUCGUCCACGACUACGACCCCCCGCACGCUCCAUCGCAAACCCAAGGUUGUCUUUCUGAACGCGGCUCGUCUCGACUACGAUCAGCAGCUCGACUGGUCGCGUUUGCGGAAUCUUUGCGACGAACUGACUCUCGGUGACCGGGACACCGUCACGGACGAGGCCGAGCUGCUACGCAUGGUCCAACAACAGGAUAUCGUCGUCGCCAAGGAAAUGCCCGUACCCGCCCACAUUCUGGCACAAUUCCCAAACACGGUCCGACUCAUUUGUGAAGCCGGGACGGGAUACAACAAUUGGCCCGUCGCCUUGGCCCGCAAAAGCCGGGACCUGCCCGUAUGCAACCUUCCCACCUACAGCACCGAAGCCGUCGCGCACAUGGCCGUCACCUACAUUAUGAACUUUUCCGUCAGCAUGUUCCGACAACAAGAAAUGCUCCGACAAGGGGACCGCCGGAACUUUACCGGACCCUUCACGCUACCGCUGCGGGAACUCAACGGCAGUACGGUGGGCUUGGUUAGUGGAGCCGGACGUAUCGGCACGCGAGUCGCCCACGUCUGUCUCGCGCUCGGAAUGAAGGUUUACGUUUCUAGUCGGGCAGGACAGUUCGCUCCUGAUCACACUCUGUACGGACACCCCGACGUCGUGUGUACCAGCGACGUCGACGAGGUCUUGCGAGUGGCCGAUUACGUUUCCAUCCAUACUCCUUUAAACGAACAAACGCGAGGCAGCUUUGGAAAGGCGCAGAUUGAGCGAAUGAAACCCACCGCCUUUUUAAUCAACACCGCACGGGGGGCCGUCUGUGCCGAAGACGAACUCGUUGCGUGUUUGCGAGACAACGUCAUUGCCGGGGCCGGACUGGACGUGACCGCGACGGAACCGCCGGCCAUGGACAGUCCGUUGUGGGACUUGCCCAACUGCUGGCUCUCUCCGCAUACCGGAUGGCGGCGACUGGAAACAAGACAACGACUCGUGGAUAUGACGGCCGACAAUAUUGAAGCCUUUGUCAAUGCCAACAGUCCGAAAGAUUACAUCAAUGUGGUGAACUGA